AUGAAUUCAUUAUUUAACAGCCCGGAACAUGUCUUACAAGGCGGCUAUUUCAAUUCCACUCUUAGGAAGCUCCAAGAACCCAAUACAAGUAUCGAACCUCACAAUAUUAUGUAUCCGGUUUUCUUACUGGAAAAUGAAGAAGCCAUGCAAGCAGUAUCAAGCAUGCCCAAUGUGUUUCGAUAUGGAAUUAAUAAGUUGAUACCAGCACUUUCUGAACUGGUGGACAGGGGGCUCAAAUCCAUUCUCAUAUUUGGAAUUGUUGAAAGUUUGCCGAAGGAUGCCACAGGUUCCAGUGCGGAUUCGGUGGAGAACCCAGUAAUAAAGGCCCUCCCAAAACUAAAAGCAAAGUUCCCCGGACUGACGAUAGCGUGCGACGUGUGCUUAUGUCCGUACACUUCGCACGGCCACUGCGGUGUUUUGGGUGAAACUGGUGCAAUAGACCACGCCCCGUCUGUAAAGAGAAUCGCUGAAGUCGCUUUGGCGUACGCUAAAGCAGGUGCAGAUAUAGUGGCGCCGUCCGACAUGAUGGAUAAUAGAAUAAAGGCUAUCAAAGACGCUUUAGUUGCCAAUAAACUCCAAAACAGGGUAUCACUCCUAUCGUACUCUUGCAAAUUCGCGUCAUCCAUGUACGGCCCUUUCCGCGACACCAUGAAGAGUUCCCCCAUGGCCGGCGACCGGAAGUGCUACCAGCUGCCGCCAGGAAGUGCGGGCCUGGCCGCGCGGGCUGCGGCGCGUGACGUAGCGGAAGGCGCGGACUUCUUGAUGGUGAAGCCAGGACUGCCGUACCUAGACAUAGUGCGUCAGACCAAGGACCGCUAUCCGAACCACCCGCUGUUUAUUUAUCAGGUGUCUGGUGAAUACGCGAUGAUCUCCCGCAGCGGGGAUACCAGCGAAGUUCAAACCAUCCUCAUGGAGACCCUCACUUGUAUGAGGAGAGCGGGUGCCGAUUGCAUCAUCACUUACUUCGCACCACUUAUUUUGAACAUGAUUGGCAACAAGCAAUAACAAUAUGAAACUAGUUAAUUAAUUAUAUUAAAAUGUUGCCCGCCAGCCCGCAUUGAAGCGGAAUGGCGGGCUAAAGCUCUAUAUUCCUCUCUCUAUGAAACGGAAGACCUGUUCCUAGCACUGAAAAUAAUAAUAAGCCUGAUUGAUUUUAUAAAAGUUAUAGAUAUAUAUUAAGUAGAAUAAUU